GCCUCCUCCUGGGCUUCUCGCGAGCUUUCCUGGCCUUCUCGGCGGUGAACUUCGGUGCCCGGGUCCUGCCAAAGACCUGGAGCCUAGACCUGAGCAAGAGCGAGCCCUACUUGAGCCUUGGUUCGGGAAGCAACGAUGUCCCGCCUCAGCCCUGUGAACCAAAAAAGAUCAGCAUCGGCUUCGCCAUGGCCCAUCUCUUUCGCAGGAUGAUCCUGGAUGCUAACGGCGAUGGCAGAGUUACAGCCGACGAGGUCUUCUCCUUCGUCUUCCGACUCAGCCGGCAAAUACUCGGCGCUGCCAUGAGCUCCAUCGUCGGAUACCAGGUCUUGAAGCUCAAGAGGCCCCCGAAGGUUGCCGUUCCGGCGACAUCCUCCAGCACCUUCUGGCCUGUGCGCUUCUGGUGUCGGAUGAUGUAUGCACUGCAGAACCCACGGGAGGCGAAGUCCAGACUUCUGGCAAGGAGGGUGAUGCUGGUGAGCCGAGUCACCGACGUGGUGGUGGUGGUCUGCGCCAUGCUGUGGCCCUGGCUGGCCAUUGCGGGGCUGAGGCCGCAAGUGGUCCUUGCUCUGGGCGGGGUGGGCGGUCUCGCAGUGGGCUUGGCAGCGAGGAAUGUGGUGGGGAACCUCAUUGCAGGUGCCUUGAUUCAGUUGAACAGGCCUUUCGUCGAAGGCGACGAGAUACGCCUGGGAAAUGACAAGAUGGUUGGCAUGGUCGAGGAAAUUGGUCCCAUCAAUACGCACCUCAACGGCUUGGACGGCAUGUUGGUCCACAUCCCAAACCAAAACCUCCUGAAGGAUUAUGUGGUCAACAAGACCCUGAAGGAUUUCAGGCCCAUCCGCGAGGAGGUGAGGGUCCUCACGGACAUGCGGAAGCUUCCUGAGCUGGUGGAGAGCCUUCAGAACCUCCUCCUGGCGCAUGAAGGGCUCCUGCAGGAAGAGGAGGUGCGAAAGCUCAAAGAUCUGCGCGGAGGGUGCGUCAAGGUCUACCCUCCUUUCUGCGGCUUCGGAGGCUUCGACGAUGUUGGAGCCAAGAUUGUGAUCGACGCCUACACACGUGGCUCCAUCUCCUCGCUGCCCUUCAAGCGCCUGAAAAGCCAGCUCCUACUCCAAGUCAGCAAUUGUAUCAUCGAUCACGGCGCCCAGGUGGCCUUUAUCGCGACGCACGACACUCACACGAGCAAGAGUAGAAACAGGGUAAGCCCUUUGCUAACUUGCUGA